AUGGAGGCCAUCAAGAAGAAGAUGCAGAUGCUGAAGCUGGACAAGGAGAAUGCCCUGGACCGGGCGGAGCAGGCGGAGGCCGAGCAGAAGCAGGCAGAGGAGCGGAGCAAGCAGCUGGAGGAUGAGCUCGCCGCCAUGCAGAAGAAGCUGAAGGGGACGGAGGAUGAGCUGGAUAAAUACUCUGAGGCCCUGAAAGAUGCCCAGGAGAAGCUGGAGCUGGCAGAGAAGAAGGCGGCGGAC